AUGCCUGACGGAGGCGUACCGAGGCAGAGGGAGCUGAGAGUCAACCCCUUCCUCCAGUCAUGGAAACCGAAAAAACAGACCUUGCCUGUGGAGCUCAAAGAGAUGAUGAGAGUAGCAAAGAAAUACGGACUGAGGCUAGAAGGACUAGCCUUCUCUAGGCAGAUAAUGCGCUCCAUGCCCAUGUGGGACCACGCGUGUGCGGAUAAAGCAGCGGUACGGCGACUGGCGGCUAUGUCAAAUGCAACAAAGUGCCUGAUGACGAAACACCGUUUGAGGACAGUAGGGGACUUCGCCGAUCUAGUUGAAAAUGCGGACAUGGCGGGACAUAACAUGGAAAGUGAGAAGUGCGAAUGUACAUCCUGCAAGGAGAUAAGGGAACGUACAGGAUGCGAAAACCCGACCGCGUGUAUGAGCCGAGCUUCACGUUUCCUAGCAACGCUGGCACCGAGAUGGGAUCCGAGAGGCGUCCAUCCAGAAGACUACGAAAGAGAUGAAGAAGAGGAGCCCCCGGAGGAAGGGGCGGAGUGGUUCGACCGCAGAAUAACUAUACAUGGACACAUCGGGGAUGCCUUUAGAAUAUUCACGGACGAGGACUCACCAGGUAUACAGAGAAUUGACAUGCGCCCCCAGGAAAGUGAGCAACUUGUGGUGGUCGCAACAGAUGGCUCCUGCAUUAACAAUGGUCAGAGAGGAGCUAUCGCAGGAGCAGGUGUAUACGUAGACGAUAAUCACCAUAUGAAUGCGAGCCUACGGCUACCAGCCGAUAUGGACCAGUCGAAUCAAACGGGAGAGAUGGUAGCGACCCUAAUUGCAACAAUGAAAGCGGACGAAACC